AACAAGAUCAGUAGGAGACAGAUAUUGGAAAAGAAGAAAGCCGUAGUUGAGAUUGUAAAAGCAGCUUCUUCUCCCUGCAUCGAUCAUCUCGCUUCGUUCCCGGCGUUUCGCCAUUAUCGAACAACUGGAAAAACACUUUUAGCUGCAAAAAAGCCUCCCAACCACAAGUUUGUCCUGAUCUGUCUUCUAAUAUGCUUCCUUGGUAUGAGGGUCGGGCUAUUUCUUUGCCAGAUAACAGAGGCCUGUCUGUAUACUUAAAAUCAGGGCGUGGGGAUAAGCUUCCCUCUCCUGUGAAGCAGUACAUCCACAACCUCCUUAAGGCCAAUAUGGAGGGGCCAUAUGGAUCUGAGUGGCACACAGAAGAGAAAGUGAAACGCAGGGAAAUGGUUGCUCCUGAAGCAUGCUAUAUUUUUGUAUACGUGGACACAUAUGCAAACACAAAUCAAACAAGCACAGGCAUGGAAAUGGAAAGGGCCUCUAGUUAUGGCAUCAAUGAUAGAGCCUCAAUGGUUGGAUUUGUACACUUCCGGUUUGUUGUAGAGGAAGAGAUCCCUGUUCUUUACGUGUAUGAGUUGCAGCUUGAGCCUCAUGUUCAAAGGAAGGGACUUGGGAAUUUUUUAAUGCAACUAAUUGAGCUUAUUGCUCACAAGAACCAAAUGGGUGCCGUGAUGCUAACUGUUCAGAAAGCAAACUUGUCUGCAAUGGAUUUCUACAUCAGUAAGCUCAGGUACACAAUUUCGACUAUUUCGCCAUCAAGAAUUGAUCAUCCAUUGAUAGGUCUUGAGAAGAAUUAUGAAAUUCUUUGCAAAGCAUUUGAUCACGAAGCUAAAGCUAUUCUUGAGGUACUUUUCAUCUCUAUUGCAUGCUUGCAUAUGGGUGCAUGCCUUCACAAUCCCAUGUAUUGGCAAAGAGCAGUAGCGGCCUCAUACUGAUCUUCUGAAAGAAAGGAUGAAGAAACUUGAUGAAUCGAAGAAAUCAAACUGAAUUUGAAGCCUGUCUGAUGCAUUAAUUAGAAUUCUUAUAAGAUGUGGCUGACUCAAAACUUAUUUUCUCUUGCUUAUUCCUAUUGAUUUCUAUAAAUUUAACUGAGGCGAUACCAUUUGUAUAACAAUGUAAUGCCAUUUGUAUCAAUACCAUGAUGUUAUUGUAUUCUUUUUAAUGUUCAUGUUUCAAUCUCUAAUAGAGAUUAAUAGAUUCUAGGUACAGGUAGAGUUGUGUUGUGAUGUU